AUGGCCGAUCACGCCGGCGAGCACGAACAAAAGGAAACAGCCGCUGAAUCUCUGAUAGACAAGAUCACGGAUAAGCUCCAUGGAAGCGAUUCGUCCUCCGAUUCUGACGACGGUGAGGAUAUCAAAUCGACAGCCUCCGCCGUGAAGGCCAAGAUCUAUCGCCUCUUUGGCCGUGAAAAGCCGGUGCAUAAGGUUCUCGGCGGUGGAAAACCGGCUGAUAUUUUCUUAUGGAGGGACAAGAAGAUUUCAGCUGGCGUUCUUGGUCUUGCAACCGCUAUUUGGGUGCUUUUCGAAUUGGUUGAAUAUCACCUGCUCACACUUGUCUGCCACAUCCUGAUUCUCACUCUUGCAGUAUCUUUCCUGUGGACAAAUGCUUCCUCCUUUAUCAACAAGUCCCCACCUAAGAUCCCACAAGUUGAGCUCCCUGAGGAUAUUGUCCUAGGUGUAGCUUCAGCCCUUAGGAUUGAAGUCAAUGGUGCUUUCGCCACUCUUCGAGAAAUAGCAUCUGGGAGAGAUAUAAAGAAAUUUCUCGCCGUGAUUGCUGGCCUUUGGGUUGUAUCAUUUUUAGGAAGUUGCAUGAACUCCCUUACCCUAUUUUACAUAUGCUUUGUUUUGCUGCACUCAGUGCCUGUGCUGUACGAGAAAUACGAAGACCAGGUAGAUGCUUUUGCUGAAAAGGCCGAGGCUGAGAUCAAGAAACAGUAUGCCGUUUUCAAUGUCAAGGUUUUAAGCAAAAUUCCGAAAGGUCCUCUCAAACAUAAGUUCGCCUAA